AGAUACAUUCGGAUUGAAAAUGACGAGGAGAGAGAAGGAAUGCUCUUCUGAGGUCGGCAAUGGCGGGUAGAAAGUCCAAUCUAGAUCAAGAAAAUUUAUGGUCUUACAAUGGAUGAAAUUUAUGGUCUUUCAAAGAACAAUCGAUCUUAUAAUUACACGAGAUUUUUCUCAUAGAGGGGAACACCAAUUAUAAAACUGGAUAGCUCGAGAAUUCGAUAUCAAUGGCGGCACUGAGAUCACAGUUUGUUCAUAUGUUAUGUUUGAUUGCGCUUUUGUCUCCAUGUUUAUGCUCCCUCGCUUGGGGGAAAUGCAGCACUAGAUGCAAAUCCAAGUUCUGCAAAGAAGCACCGCUUCUAAGGUAUGGGAAAUACUGUGGGAUAUUUUACAGUGGAUGCCCCGGAGAAGCUCCGUGUGAUGGGCUUGACAGGUGCUGUAUGAUUCAUGAUCAAUGCAUCGGAAAUUCCAAUUACCUGAGCACCACGUGCAAUCAGGCUCUGCUUGACUGCCUCCAUGCUUACCAAAAUUCUGGAGCUGGGCAGUUUCGAGGCAAUACCUGCAAAAUAGGGGAUGUGGAGAAGACUAUUAAAGUCGCCAUUGAAGCAGGUCUUUGGAUUGGACAUGGACAUGGACAUGGUAUUGAAGAUGGAUCUGCUCUGAAUCCUUCAUCUCGUCAUCCUUUCUCCUCUAUUCCAGACCCCUAAUUUAAGCUUCUGUUAAAUCUCUUCCAUUCUCAUCCUCCUUCCUCUUUUGUACACUGUGAUUCCACAAAUAUUAUUUGUAAACUGUUUUUGUAAUAUAUGGAGGAUCUGGAGCCCUGGGUGAAUCUUCUUGUAAAUUUUUGUUCAGAGAUUUGAAUCUAAAUUACAUGUUACUAAACAGUCAACACCAA